CCUCAACCAGAAAAGCUUCAUUACUCAUGAUGUUUUGACAUUUAGUGGAGUGUGGUGGAAAAUGGGCAUUGAAAGUACCCACAUUCCAAAGGCAACAAUUCACCAAACCCAUCUGGGUUUUUGAUACCUCCAUCUUCAAAAUUCAGCUUUUUCAGUGGUUUUUAAGGAAAUCAAACUCCAAAGAUUGCCACUUUUUAAAGCAUGGGCUUUGCGGUCGACGGUAGUUAAGGAUGCAGCUGGGAAUUUGUUUUUGUUUUCCUUUAAUUUGGUGACUAUGCAUUCACGGGAACUGGCUGCUGUAGCUGAUCUGGGAUUCAUCCAACUCUUUUGUUUCUGCUGAAUUUUCAUCCAUUUCAGGUGGAAGCCUGCAUAUCUGAAAGCAAAUAGUACUAUUUCACAGUAUGGAUUGGCUGACCAAGAUUCUUAAAGGUUCUGGCUAUAAUGGACACUAUCGUGGGAGACACAGAGAUAAUAGAACUUUGGAGGAGCCUCGUCAUUCAACAGACUCAGGAGGUUUUGACAAAGAAGAAAUUGAUUGUGCUAUUGCAAUUUCUCUUUCAGAAGCAGAUGAAAAAGGGAAAAAAGUAAUCGAAGAUGAAUCUGAACAUGAGUCAGAGGAGGAUGAAGAACAAGAUUGUAUAGCUUAUGUUGAGGAUGAUGAAGAACAAGAUGGUAUAGCUCAUGUUGAGGAAGAUAAGCCACCCGACAAAUUUCAAGGGGAAGAUGAAAGACAUGCUAAACUUCAAUUAGAAGACGAUGAACAAUUUGCUAGGGCUCUUCAAGAAAGCCUAUAUGUUGACUCUCCUCCUCGAUAUGAUCAUGGAAACAUCUUUCAGCCUUAUCCAUUCUUUUUUCCACCUGGCUACAGGAUUUGUGCAGGUUGCAAUGCUGAGAUUGGCCAUGGACGAUACUUGAGUUGUAUGGGUGCUGUUUGGCAUCCCGAAUGCUUCCGUUGCCAUGCUUGCAACCAGCCAAUUACUGAUCAUGAGUUUUCAAUGUCUGGGAAUCGCCCCUAUCAUAAAUCCUGCCAUAAGGAGCGCCAUCAUCCAAGAUGUGAUGUUUGCAAAAACUUUAUCCCAACAAAUUCAGCUGGUCUUAUUGAGUACAGGGCACAUCCUUUCUGGCGGCAGAAGUACUGCCCCUCGCAUGAGCGUGAUGGGACUCCUCGGUGUUGCAGCUGUGAGAGAAUGGAGUCAAGGGAUACGAAAUACUUGUUGCUUGAUGAUGGUCGGAAGUUGUGUCUGGAGUGUCUAGAUUCCGCAAUAAUUGAUACUCAUGAAUGCCAGCCCCUGUAUCUUGAAAUACAAGAUUUUUAUGAAGGUUUAAACAUGAAAGUAGAGCAACAAAUUCCUUUACUCUUGGUUGAGAGACAAGCACUUAAUGAAGCAAUGGAAGGAGAAAAGAAUGGUCACCAUCACUUACCUGAGACCAGAGGACUCUGCUUGUCCGAAGAACAGACAGUCACUACAGUUUUAAGGAGGCCAAGACUUGGGCCAGGUUAUCGGUUGAUAGACAUUAUUACCGAGCCUUAUAGGCUAAUUCGUAGAUGUGAAGUUACAGCUAUUCUUGUUUUGUAUGGCCUUCCAAGGUUAUUGACUGGGUCCAUCCUUGCUCAUGAAAUGAUGCAUGCUUGGCUUAGGCUGAAAGGUUACCGCAAUCUGAGUCCAGAGGUGGAGGAAGGUAUCUGUCAAGUGUUGGCAUAUAUGUGGUUGGACUCUGAGAUCUACUCUGGGUCUGGUAGCGAUGCUUCAUCGUCAGCAGCAUCAUCAUCUUCAUCAUCACCAUCAUCCUCCUCCUCAACAUCAUCAAAGAAAGGUAAACGGUCUGACUUCGAGAAGAAGCUUGGUGAGUUUUUCAAGCACCAGAUCGAGUCAGAUACAUCCCCUGCCUAUGGAGGUGGAUUUAGGCAAGGCAACGAGGCAGUUAAUAGAUUUGGGCUAAGGAGAACUCUUGACCAUAUUCAGAUGACAGGAAAUUUUCCUCUCUGAUUACAAAUUGCAGGAUGCGUAUGUGAUAAUCAGUGUUUCAUGUUAAACGGUUCAGAACACCCCAGUCCAUAAUAUUUUGUAUUAUAGGAGAAAGAGCGGUAUAGAUAAAUAUGGGUAAAGGUAUGGGGAAUAAGCAAUGGAAAUGCACAUUUGCAUGUGUAAAUUGCGUUUACUGUUACAAUGUACUCUUAAUAUAUAUAAUAUAUAUAUGAAAUUAUG